AACCUGAGCUCAUCAUCAUCAGCACGUGUCUUCCAGAGCGUUCGAGCCCGAGGAUGGAGCCAAACCUGCGGACAACCACUGCGUCUUCUCCCUGGUGGAUCAUCGUCCUCAUCUCAGUCUCCACACUCACAGAGAGCAGGUUAGUGCAGAACAUCAGCCCCAUCUGGACCCCCAGCUACACCCAGCAGCUGCAGCAGCAGCAGAGCCCGGAGCUCGGAGCGCGGCCUCGGCCUGUGGUGCUCCGGUGCCACCCGGACUCCAUGGAGGUCGUGGUGCAGGCGGACUUGUUUGACACGGGCCUCCAGGUGGACGGCAGACACCUGCGGCUUGGUUCGGACCCAGCAGCCGAAUACAGUGCGUGUAGCGCGGCCCCGUCAGGAGAGGCUGAAUUCACCAUCCGGGCCCAUCUCAUGGACUGUGGCACCGAACUCUCAUCUACCAAAGAGAAGAUCAUCUAUUCUACUAUCCUUGUCUACUCACCUGAAACGUCCCCUGAUGGUUUGCAUCGAUUGGAUGCUGCGACCAUUCCAGUUGAAUGUCAUUAUGAAAAGAGGUAUGCUCUGGAUGGCAUUUCUCUGCAGCCCACCUGGAUUCCUCUCGUCUCCACGACCACAGCUGAGGACCAGAUCGAUUUCAAUCUGCGAAUCAUGACUGAUGACUGGCUGUUUGAGAGGGCAUCUUACUCCUAUUUCCUGGGUGACCGCAUUCACUUUGAAGUCUCAGCCAUCCCUGGUAACCACAUGCCUAUGCGAGUCUAUGUUGACCAAUGUGUUGCCACAGCAACUCCUGAUGCAGAGGCAAACAUAAAAUAUGACUUUGUUGAGCAUAAUGGGUGCCUUACUGACACUUACCUGACAAACUCCAGCUCCCAUUUCCUACCAAGAGCUGAGGAGCACAAGCUGAGAUUUCAGCUGGAUGCCUUCAGGUUCUACCAAGAGCCCAGAAUCCAGGUCUACAUAACCUGCUACGUGAAGGCUGUUCCUGUCACAUCAACUGUCAGCUCACAAAACAGGGCCUGCUCUUUGAUUGAGAACAGAUGGAGGUCAGUUGAUGGGAAUGACCAGGAAUGUAGAAGCUGCGACAUCUCCCACCGGAUCGAGGAGCCUCCACUCACAGAGGCCCCCGACGCUAUCGCCAGCUACCAAGCCUGGUCCAGCAUGAUUCCACAGGAAGCUUCAGUCCAGAACCGACCCGAACAACCUCCAGCAACGUACAUGCGCCUGAGGCCACACAACAAACCUCAUCAAUCCUCUGCUAGAUUAAUGAAGAGAGGAACAGAGCAGAAAGCAGAAAGAACUCUACAGCUGGGACCCCUCACCGUGCUCUCAUCCAGCAAAUCUGUAUCAAGUCCAACAAAUUCAAGAACUGUGCUUUCACCAAACAAGCCCACCUGACACCGAGGGUGGUACACUGGAACAAUAAUUCCACUGCUGCUGUGAACAGGACACACAUCAUUUGACUGUCACCUGACUUGAAAUCAUUUUUUCUGUGAACUUUACUUUCAAGCAUUCUCAAUCUAAUCACUUUUAUGUACUUCAAACUAUAUUUUUGUUCCCGUUGUCGUGUUUCCUGUAAAAAUGU